AUGGGGCACCAUAAUAUCCGUUUCGAUGGCGAUGCCAACUCUCUCAAGGGAGCCUGGAGCCCACCAAACAGCCGGGCAAACUUCUGCGAAGAAGACUACGCGUUGACGCUAUAUCUCGCCGAAUUCAUCAACUCACUCACAAAUCUCGCCUAUGUAUACUUUGCCCUUCGAUACAUGUACGGCCCCGGCAGCCGUGGAAUCCUCUCCCCCAACCUAGACGCCAUGUCCAUCUCCCUCCUCGUCCUCGGCAUCGGAUCCUUCCUCUUCCACGCCAGUCUCCGGUCAACGCUCGAAUUCGCCGACGAGUUCUCCAUGCUCGGACUGACCUGGUCCAUGCUCCAUUUCACACUGACCGUCCGCCAAUCGCCCGCCAAAUCUCGCUUCAUCUCGGCCAUUCUAGCCCUGUGCUUCACGUCCUUUGCCGUGUUCUACGUGCGAUCCCCCCGUAUCAUCUACCAGGUCGUUGCUUUCGUGUCAGGUGUGCUGGUGAUCAUCCUGCGGUCUCAGUACCUGUUCCAUUGGCUGCGGCCGGCGUUUCCGCAGGACAGAACGCGAGAUUGGAAUGUGCGGACGUGGAAGGGCAUUGCGCUGUGCGUGGUGGGCUAUGGCCUUUGGAAUAUUGACCUGGAGUGCUGCGCUGAGCUUAGGAGUAUUCGGCGGCAGGUGGGUUUGCCUUGGGCUUGGUUGUUUGAGCUUCAUGGGUGGUGGCAUGUGUUGACGGCGAUUGGGGCGAGUGGGUUUAUGGAUGUUGCGAGAGAGGUGCGUGAGGUUGUGAAGAAUGAGAAAAAGAAGGCAUAG